GCUUCUGUUGCCGAUCCGGAUGGAAAGUUACUUGCUUUAUCCCAUGGGCUUCGAAUUUUUGAUCAUAUGCUCUCCCUGAAAAUCCAUCCCAAUGAAGCCUCCAUUACUGCGGUUGCACGUUUAGCUGCAGCCAAGGGCGAUGGUGAUUCUGCCUUCGACAUUGUCAGGAGUAUGGUUGAUUACGGUCUGACUCCACGCCAGCGCACUUUUGAGGCGGCAUUGCUGUGUUUCUGCAAGAAGUUAGAGGCUGAUAAGGCGUACAAGGUGGAGGAUCAUAUAAGUCUAAUUAAUGUGAGCUUAGAGGAGCCUGAGAUUGCAGCGUUAUUGAAGGUAAGUGCGGAUACGGGUAGAGGAGAGAGGGUGUACGACUACUUGAAGAAGUUGAGGUGUUGUGUGAGGUCGGUCAGUGAGGAGACGGCAAAGAUUUUGGAGGAUUGGUUUUUUGGUAAGGGAAGUGAGGUUGGUGCUGGGGUGCAGCAUCAUGUGGAUUAUGUGAAAGAUGCUAUUUUGAGGAAUGGUGGGGGUUGGCAUGGCUUGGGUUGGCUCGGUGAGGGGAAGUGGGCCGUAAGGAGGGGGACUGUGGAGCCGAGUGGGCGGUGCUGCUGUUGUGGAGAGCAAUUGGUUUGUGUUGAUAUUGACGAUGCGGAGACUGAGAAGUUUGCGCAGUCAAUAGCUGAAUUGGCUAUGGAGAGAGAGGUCAAGGCCAACUUUAGCGAGUUUCAGAUAAAGGAAGAAUUUUGUAUUUGCCUUAUUUUGUCUGUCCACUAUAUUGAGGCAGAUAUCAAGUAAAUUCGAGUUUCUUAGUCUGAUUACCUUUUAUGUUAUAUUCUAUUGUAGAAUUUUAUAUGUAAUUUUUAUUGGAGUAAACAAAACUGAAACCAGAGUAAAAUGAAUAGAAAUAGAGGCAUUCUUAUGCAUAUUGCCCUUUAAAUGCAGAAAACAGUUAUGCCUGAAGAAUGUAAAAUUAAGUGAACAUCAUUUG